AUGAGCAGCAACAGUAAUAAAAGAGCACCAACAACUGCAACACAACGGUUAAAGCAAGACUACCUGCGCAUCAAAAAAGACCCAGUGCCUUAUAUCUGUGCCGAACCCCUCCCUUCAAAUAUUUUGGAAUGGCACUAUGUGGUUCGAGGACCCGAGAUGACCCCUUAUGAAGGUGGUUACUAUCAUGGGAAGCUAAUAUUUCCAAGAGAAUUCCCCUUCAAACCACCUAGUAUUUAUAUGAUCACUCCUAAUGGACGGUUUAAAUGUAACACACGACUCUGCCUUUCGAUCACAGACUUCCACCCAGACACAUGGAAUCCAGCGUGGUCAGUAUCAACAAUCCUCACAGGUCUACUCAGCUUCAUGGUGGAGAAAGGACCCACCCUGGGCAGCAUAGAGACCUCAGACUUUACUAAACGACAACUUGCAGCACAAAGUUUAGCGUUUAACUUAAAGGAUAAAGUUUUUUUGUGAGCUGUUUCCAGAAGUAGUUGAGGAAAUAAAGAAGAAGCAGCGGGCACAAGAAGAACUAACCAACCGGCCACAGUCCCUUCCGCUCCCAGAUGUAGUGCCAGACACAGAAGCCCACUUUGGUCAGAACGGAGCUCCACUCUUGAACGGCCAUGCCCCCUUGGCAGCAGCAAAUCACCCUGGUCUACAACAGCCAAAUCGUAACCAUGGACUUUUAGGGGGCGCCCUGGCCAAUGUCUUUGUCAUAGUGGGAUUUGCAGCCUUCGCCUACACAGUCAAGUAUGUACUGAGAAGCAUAGCCCAGGAAUGA